AGUGCAUAAUGCUAAUGCCGUUCACAAACAUGGCAGCGUUGUAAAACGCCGCAAUAUUGCAGUUGUUUUCGAACAACUGCAUUAUUUUGAUUAUAAUUAGCUAGUUUUUUCCGUUUAAAAGCUUCUCUUCAGUAUGGCUGCUAAGCAGGUAAAAGAUAUCGAUUAUUCGGAAUAUAACGAGGAGGAUGUGAGUGAAAAUAUGAAGGAAAAUGCAAGUAGACGUCCAACUGGAAGUCACACUAGCGGGUCAGUAACUGCUAGGCUUAUAGCAUCAUUAUGCGGUCCAGGAGCACUCGAACAAGCAUGCCAGACUGCAAGUAAAAAAUGCUGGACUGCCUGCUGUGACUGGAAAUCGUCGCCUCCGCCUAAAAUCGAUAAACGACAGAUAGUAGUUUGCACUCAACCCUUAAAAAGAUCAGACUCUGAGAAUAGUUUAGCCGUAUCUUCGCCAAGAGAUAAAGAUCGUCGGGGUUCUAGUUCAUCUCAUGGUAGCGAUGCCACACUUAACUCAUUUUCCUAUAGGCGCUCAUCAGUAACACCAGUUAUUGACAUGAAACCUAUAGAAUUUUGGGCCAAUAGAGAGACAGUACAACCUCGUACACCUAGAAGGGGUAGACUACCAAGCGAACCUGAGUUUUCCAUCGAUAGCAUCAAGCCAGAUUUAUACGAAGUGAAGGAAGAGGUUAAAAAGGUCCAACCAGAUUUAGGGGAAGUUCAUGUAAGCCUGCAGUAUGAAGUUCCUGCAAAUGCCUUAGUUGUUAGAAUAAUAGAGGCUAGACAUUUGCCUUUACCUGCGUCUAUGGACAGAGCUGAUCAAGCUCAUAGUAAUCCAUAUGCAAAACUAUACGUUCUACCAGAUACGAAAAAUGCACAACAGACUGGAGUUCAAAGAAAAACCCAAGAUCCAAAAUGGGGCGAUACAUUUACUUUUGAAAUGUCAUUUCAGGAUGCUCAAAAGGGAACUCUGCAUAUAUCUGUUAGAGAUUUUGAUAAGUUUUCGAGACAUUGCGUAAUUGGUCAUGUAAAUCUGCCCUUGGAUUCAAUGAAUUUGCUUAAGGGUGGCCAUUUGUGGAAAGCUUUGAUUCCAAGCCAUUUGGAUAAACCGGACAUUGGGGAGCUAUUACUCUCAUUGUUAUAUAUUCCAAGUGCUGGUAGAUUGAGCAUCGACGUUAUAAAGGCCAAACAACUUCUACAGACGGAUUUAGUUGGUGGAUCGGAUCCUUUUGUAAAAAUUACUUUGCUUAAUCAUGAAAAACCAGUAAAAACCAAAAAAACAUCUAUGAUAAAGAAUACGAUAGAUCCAGUUUUUAACGAGAAUAUUACAUUUACAGUCGGACCGGAAUCAAUAGACUCAACGAGCCUAGUGAUUACAGUAUGGGAUUAUAAUAGUAAAAGUAAGGAUGAUUUGGUUGGUAGAAUUGUAAUUGGAAAACAUUCAAAUAGUGGAAGAGCUGAAGGAGCUCAUUGGAAUAAGAUGAUGCAAUGUCAAAGGCAACCUGUGGCCCAAUGGCAUUCCCUACAUCCUAAGGAGAUCUGCGAUCGAUCUGCUCCAAUCUCAGCAACUAUUUUAUGAGAAAAAACAAAACUGCUUAUAACUUUAAUUGUUGUAUAUAAAUACUAAAAGAAAAGAAGAUAGUUUGUCAGUUAGAAUGAAAGAAAGAAAGAAAUGAGUACCAUAAGAUGGAGAAGAACCAGUUUUACAUAUGAUUAUUUACUUUGUCGUCUAAGUGAACUUUAAAAUACUUAUGUAAAUUUCACUUGACGUGCCUGUAUAAUGAACCCAAGUGGAUAUGAUAACAUAAAGUUUAUAUAUAUAUUGUAUAAUUGGUUAAUAAAUGUUUUGUCAACACAAUAGACAAGUGAAAACCACUUGGCAAUUAGUGUGGUUUUGAAGAUUUAAUUGUGAAAAAAGAAGCAAAAUUGAGUUAAAAUAAUUUCUAUGUUUGAUUAUUAUAAUUUAAAAAAUUUUCUGUUUAUGUCCUGUUAUAUAUUAUGUUAUAAAUUGAUAAAUGAGUUAAUUAACUUCGAAUAUGGAACCUGCAGGAACACUUCUGAAACAAGAAAAUAUUGAGUUUUUUCUUCUCUUUGCACAAUUAUUAUUAAAAAUGUAAUUUACAGAUAUGAAUGUUCCCCAAUACGUAUUUGUCAAAUUUCAAUGUUCAAAUGAUAGAUAAUGAAAAAGAUGUUUAUCUAAAUCGAUGUUUUAUCUGUUCGUUAUAAAGUUUCCUAUAAUAUACCUAUGUCACGAAAACUGAUAAUGAAAACGGACUAUUGUAUCAGACAAGGCAAUUCGCUGUUGCAUAUAAAUUUGUUUCUAUAGUAACAAACUUAAUUAGACACCUUAUCUGCUUGAUGACUCUUAGUUUUAGCAAGUAUUAUAGUACGAUAAGGGGUUUCUCGUUUCUCUCUCCCUCGCUCUACCACUUUUUUUCAGAGUCUUCCUUCUCCACAUUCUGAAGAAAAUUCGUUUCACACUUCUGAACUCUCUUUAAAAAUUACUGUACGUCUUAGAAUAAGUUCCUAUAGUAAUAAUGAGAAAAAAC